AUGGGAUCGGAUUUAAACUCCUGCUUGCGGCAGCUAAAAAUCUGCCUUGAUACACAACAGGUUCCCCAAGCGCGCAUGAAUAUUGCACGAAUCACGCAGUUGAUUGUCGAUAGGACCAUCGAAACGCAGGCGGAAACAGAUUUUAACUUGGAGUGUGUAUUCAGUACCGCGAACGGGUUAGUGUCAUUUUUACAACAUACUCUUACCAAAGCCAAGCAUUUUGCCAAAGCUAAUGAGGAUAUUUUGGAGCUGUUUCGCAAAACGAUCGAAAAACACUCUCCACUUCUUGGCAAGCGUAUGGCAGUCAUAGUGCCGAUAGCGCUUCGUUAUAUCCAAUCGUCCACAGUGACGGCUCGUGAAAGAGAGCUAGCUACACUCGUUCUCCAGGACAGCAUCGCAUACGGAUGCCUUAACAGAGAAACCUACGAUCAACUAGGAAAUCUAUCCCAGGAGCUUUUACAAAUAUUUGAACAAAGAAAGCUACCAAGCCGUUUUCAGCAGAAUUUGUAUGAAUUGCAAGGCCAGCUGGCUAAUCAGUUUCCAGAUUGCGUUACUGAAGCCGAACGGCUGCGGGAUGUAUUUUUGAAUGCCGCUGAAAACCAGUUACUUGAGCAAAACUAUCCCUCUCUUGUGUCAUUGGCAGGAGCUAUUCGAGGAUUGGAUUUAUUUCUUGUCCAUUUUGCUCCUGGAGAAAGUGAACACGAACUGCGUAAACGCUUGUAUCUGCUGGUUAAGAAACUAUCCAUAUGGGAUGAGGGUCGUUCAGAGCGGUCAGUUUUUCGGAAUGCACUACAGCUUAUGGCAAACCAUGCGAUUCUGUUUACUGUCCACUUGUUCGAGGAUCACAUCCAUUGGCAAGCGAUGCUGGUUGGCAAAUGGCUGAAAUCGAGCAACCGAGAUGAUCGACGCAUUGCGGUAAUAGCUUUGUAUGCCUUCCACGGUGAGGUAGCACGUGUUCUUUCCACUCCUUCACUAGUGGCAGGAGGUGAUCGGGAAUACCAUUCGGUAGAAGACGUUUUAAAUCUUUAUCUGGCGUACUAUCGCAAGUUGCUGAAUUCAUCUUCUGCUGAUCGUUGGGAGGUGCGAACUGCAAUCCGCGGGUUUGGAAUCAUGGCAGAACCAUGUCAGCUGUUAGCCGGUUCGAGUACAUCACUCAACGAACUGCUCACGAUCGUACUAGAACGCAUCGAAGGCAUAUGCGGUCGGUCGACGAUGUCUACGGUCGAUAUGCUAGAAUGUUUGCCCGAUUUUAUGCAGGCUCUAUCGGAAAUACUGGCCCACGUAAAGGAACUCAGUACUGUGCAGUUAGUUUCGAUACAAACUAUGAGCGUCGCACUUAUGCGGGACUUUCAUCAUCUUCCAAGUAUCCACCAUGAUCUCAUUAUACGAUCACUCGUCUGCACGCUCGAGAACGUCGGAAAAUUAGGCGGCAGCGUUCGCGACCAGCUGCUCGACAACAUCUUACUUCAGGGAGUCAUUUGGAGUUGUACGCACGCAUUGCCUUUCGCUUCGUCGUUUCCGUUGGUAGACGAUGCCUCACGUAAAGUAGACUGGAAACGAGAGCUAGUCACAUACAAGCACUAUAUACCGUUGUGGAAAGGGCUAUUUAUACAUGCAGAAAAAGCCAACAGCGAAACCUCGCAGAAUGAAGCAGAUUCCUUAACGCGCGCAGUCUACAAUGCUCUCAUGCGAACGUUAUUUGUCAUUGUGGAUAAGUUGGAUCUGUCCACCCGAAAGCGCACCUUCCAGGAUGAAAUCGGUGAAGAAAGAGAACUGUUUUUCUGCGAUCCCAACAUCGAACUACUGCCCACGAAACCAAAAGAUUACCAUAUAUUUCUGAACAUGGUGGAGCUGUAUCGUGACGUGCUGCAUGGACCUCACACGCCUCUCGCCGUGCGAGAAUUCUUUUCAGAUUGGGUUCGUCCAUACUUCGACCGUUUCGUGAAAGAAUCGUUACGUUGUCCACUUGUGAGCGGUUUCAUUAAGCUCAUCGAAAUGGGGCUCGGAACAGCGGAACAGAUAGGAUACUUUCGACGGGCAACAAUUCCAGCGGAUAACAGCGACGCCCACUCAACUUUGAUGCUACUGAUGUUUUAUCUGGAACAAACGGUGCAACGGGGGCUAGAUGCUGUCGGCGAACUGCAACUGGCCUGUCUCCGGUUCGUCCUGAACGCGCCAGUACAUCUGGUGGUCGACUUCAUUCGGGACGACGACCAGAAACAGGCAUCGAUAGUGGAGCUGUUUCGGACGGCUUUUUGUUUAGGCCGCGGAUUGCUAUCGGUUGCCCGUACAGCGCUGUAUUGCCUUCGACGAAUCGUCCGCUUUCGGCAUCCACCUGUAUCCGCCAAACUACGGGAGCAGCUACUACGCCAAGUGUUACCAAUGUUGGAGCCUUUUCUGCGAACACGCGACUCCGCGCAGCAACCGGCGCAAAGUUUGCGCUUGGCUAAGUUUAAACGACACCGAACGGUAAAUGUGGCUGCUGCGAAAAUCGAACAGAUCAAGCAGCAGCAUCGAAUCGAACGUGCAACGGACACAAGCGAGCUGGUAGCAUUCCAGAUGCGUAUCUUACACUUUUUUGCCGAUCUACAGCCAAAUGAAUGCUGCUGGCUUGUAGCAGAUGAUCAGUGGUUGACGACGAGUCCAGUGCAGGAACAUCCGGAGGGAUCUUCGCUAACGCGUUGGGAUGCGGACAGUGGCCUUUCGGUUGAGUUGCGCCUACUAUGUGAAAACGGGACGCGACCUUGCAUCAAGUUGGAUGGUAUUAUUGGACGGGUGUGUCAGCUGGCAGUGGAAUGUAGUGAUCGUGCCACCAAGCUUGCCGCCUGCGAGCUGUUGCACACGCUUAUUCUUUACUUGCUGGGAAUUCACUAUCAGGAUAAAUUUUCAGCAUUAUGGGCACAGCUAUGUCAUAAUUUGUUGCAACUAAGCAGCGACACAGACCUGGCGGUAUGUCAGAUGUUCGAACCACUGCUUUUUCAAAUAAUCCAUCUCCUAACACAACCCGCGAAGCUCAGUCAACAAGGUACAAGUGCACUCCUCGAUUGUCUGCUGGAUGCGACAUCAAACGCACAGCACAGCGCCAUCCGCGAUCUUGCCGUGCGAGGUUUGCGAGAAUUCCUGCAGUGGACCAACCGACAAAGCGGAAGCUCGGAAAUGGUUGAUGAGCGUCGGAAAAUCAAGAGUAGAGUGUUGGAGCAACUGAAAACCCAAGCCAUGGAAUCGAAUAGCUCGCGGCGGUAUGGAUCCGCGCUAGCACUCAAUAAUCUCUUCCGCCUUCUUUUGCAAGAAGAUUUUCACAUUGUGCGUUACGGGUUUGAGGUGAUGCAUUCGUUCGCGAUCGGGUUCAUCGUGACCGAGGAGCAGAUCGGGCUGUUAUCGGACGCAGAUAGCAACACCGGGGCUGCGAUAGAACAAUUUCAGGUUGUGCUAGAGCAUUUGUGCAAAGUUUUCGAGCUUCGAAAGGAACUUUUUAACCCGCGUAGUGAGGAACUGCUUCGGACAGGACACCGGCAAAUUGUUCCAGCCGCCAUAGGCGGCGGCCAGCUGGAGUAUCUGGUUCGUUGGAUUUUCCGACAGUGUGCCCUACGUCAGCGCUCUUACAGACGGAAAUGUAUGCAACUUUUCCCGCGAUUGGCACGUGUGGUACGAAACGUGGAGAGCGGAGAGGAUUUUCUUGCGAAACAUUUUUCCUCGGAACAGAUAGAAGCGAUCUGCCUACAGGCUGAUAACAUACAAGGUAUUAGCCAAGUCCCUACACUAAACGUUUUCCGGCAUGGGCAAACGGUGGAGCUAGUGACGAACAUAUACGUUUGGUUGGAGUACUUCCUUGCGUCGCUUGAUGUGUGCUGCUGGUUGCUGAGAGAAAAAUUGAUUCCUUCAGAAUUAUCGCGCUCGUUACUGUCCCGUAUUGUUCCAACCGUGCAGUACUUCCUAACGUCUGUCGUUCAUAUGUCGAUUUAUGAGCUGAUGACAGACAUUAAACCGGAAGUUCAAUUCGAAUCGAAUGCAGACAAAAUUGUGCGGUUCGAUGCACUCAAAUCUGCCAUUAUUGUGCAAAUCGUCGAUCUUUUAUUGUUGAUUUUACCACUUACGGGAACUUCCUUGGAGGAUGUAGUGUGCGCAUUGUGGCAAGAUGAGGCGACGAUUAAUUUUCUGCUGGCACUACUGUUUAAGCCCCAUCAAUUCGAUUUAGAAUUCAGCGGUCGUGCACAACGUGGGAUCGAAGACGAUCGGCAUUUCUGGAAGAAAAUGGAUAAGUUGGUCGGACAGCUUACGGAUCAGCAUGCAAAUUCUACCGAAGAGUGUUUUGCAAAGGCUUUAUCCGAGCAGAUCAUUCUGGUGAUGCAAGAUCUUGGCGGAAGGAUGAAAACAUUGCUCGUACAAAGAACAAUUGGCACGGUAGAUCAAAAAAGUGCUAAAGGAUUACUAUUUGUUGCAAGAAAUCAAAGCUUACGUGCGAGUGGCUCAUCGUUGUUGGCGCAAGGUGAAAGGAAAAAAAUGUGGGAGGCUGCUGAUAAGCUCCUGAAAGAUUGCUACGAAGCCAUCGGCCAAGAGCACAGGAGAUUGGUGCUCAGCCCAUCGGCAGUACAUUUCGGAACGCUAGUGUUGCAGGGUAUCUUUAGCUUGUUCGAUGCAGCAGAACCAAUUGAAAUGGAUAGGUUGAUUCAUACAAGUUUAACGUAUUGUUUGAACGAUGAAAUUUUAAUCCCAAACAUUCGCCACGGAGAGCACUUUAUGGUUUGCUUUGGCUCAGCCGUAUUUGAACUUUUUUUCGCCAAACCUUCGGAAUGCUUCCACACGCUCAUGAAAGCCCUCACAGAGGAGAACUUUUCCUUUAUCGUUCAAGUUCUCUGCAGGAUGAUGGAACAUACAUACAGAAUGCAUUCUUCCGAUACGGACCGCUUGCGCCUUCUAGUGCAAACACUGUUGCACGGGUGGGAUGAGCUGUUCAAAUGUUCUCGUCUGAUGCCGAAUCGCUUCGGUGCAUGUGAUCUACAAAUGAUCGAGUGGAUGUCGCAUAUCGCAAUGAUUUGUCCGUUUGCACUGUAUGAAAUUAGUCUCCAAACAGCUGUCAGUUAUAAGCAGUGGCUAGUUAACCUAAUCGGUGACACCCAAACCCCGAUCAGUUUGAAAGCGAAAGCAAUCGUCCUGUUACCGACCGUGCUCGGGCCUGAUAGCCCACCAGCAACGGAUUUACACUGUCAAGCGUUUGAAAAUGCCCUCGAGAAACUGCAAAGCAGCCAUUUUCCGCUGCGUUCGAAAGAAUUCGCUCCAAAUAGCCCGGAAGGUAUAGGAUUCCUGAACUGCCUGGAACGAUUGCUCGAUGCUCUCGUUGUGUCACGCUCGCCGCUACUUUUAAAGGCGAUCGUUCACAUGACAGCGCCCGAUGGCGAAGGACACGUCGCUGAAACACAGAUACGGAGCGCUAUUGAACGGUUUUUCAAAGAGCAACCACUGGAAAUGCAGAACGAUCGGCUGGAUGAAUUGUGGCAGCUCUUCACCAAUCACUCGUACGCGCCCGUCGUUAGAGCGACGAUUUUGAGGCGAUAUCUUUGCACCGGCCUAUGGCACUGCCGAUACGAUUCGAUUGCAGAGUUUUACAAGCGUAACAUCCGAUCCAUUUCGGACUACACAACGGCAGAAAUUAGCGGACGUUCCGGAUGGGAACUAGAACACGCUCUGGUUGACCGUGCGGCUGCUUUCCGACUGAUCGAACAUUAUGCCGCACUGCUGCCUAAGGCAACACUGCUGACGGAAAACUGUCCUGUUGGGCAGGCAUUGUACGCGAGUACACCUGUACGAGGACAACGCUUGAUUGGGGAAUUCAGCAAACGUGCACACAACGUACGGAAGGUGCCGUUCCAUUCGGAAUAUCAGCCCGCGGUGGAACUAUUCCGAAAAUAUCAAUGUGCCGCCUACCGUGCGUUGGCCGCAUUGCUUUCCAACACCAACGAGGAUCCUCGCAUGUUCUCCGUUCUGCUGUUUAGAGAGAACCGCGAAAAGGCAGAAUAUUUGUGGCGUUUGUUGAUUGACUGUACCAAUGAAGAUCUAUAUCUCGAAGCCGGCCAAGAGUUGGAUCAAACACCACGAAUGGUUGAGAAACGGGUGGCCAUCAGACGCGAGGAUGGGAGUCCAAGAUCGCGCGUUACGAGCGAUCCCAGCCAGUCGGUGGUGACGGAAUCAUCCCUUAGCCAACAGGUGUCCCGUUUCGAUUUAAGCCACUCCGUUAUUCUGUCUGCGCGAGAGGUCGCCCAAAAGGACGCUGCCGAAUUAUCGAAACGUCAGCAGGGAGCCCUUUCGAGCGUGCCUCUUGAACGAACCAAAAUCAACGAGCACGAGAUAAUGGCAACGGUUUGCGGGUGUUUGCAACGUAUGAAUGCUGCCAAGAUAACUUUGGAUGGAACGGUUCACUUUGUCGCCGCAUCGCUUACCGAUCCGAACCAGCCCAAAAACGUUCGUCUAUUCCUCGCGAAGGUGUUAGACAACUGUCGUGGAGAACUGAAACCCCAUGCAUCCCUGUUGGUGGGACCGUUGAUGCAGCUCAUCGUGGACAAGCAUAUCUUCAAGGGUCUGAACACACUCGUCACAGAUCUGAUCGCAUUAUUGCUAGAGUGGAGUACCGAUGGGUUGCCGCUUCGAUCGCUUAGAGAAGGUGCCGUUGAGGAAAAUGCUUCCCUAGCAUGUUUGCUUCUCAGGUUUAUUAUGAGACACGCCUGCGAACAGCAGGGCACCGCCGGAGGACGUGCGCAAGUGUUUCGUCUCAAUGUGGAACUGAUCAAGCAACUCAUCACGCAAUGGCGCGAUGUCCUAAUUGUUCCCGAGGAGCUGUUAUUCGAAAAGAUCACGCUGUCACGACUUGUGCAAAUGGACGAACGUUCGCAGUUCGAGCUUGCCGCAGGUCUGCAGCUGAGCAUAAUCGUUCUCAUCAAUGGGGAUGGUAGACUAGUGCCCUGGAUGGACAGUACACGGCGAGAAUAUCUGGCGGCGGUUUUGCGGUGUUUAGAUGCACCGAACAGUUCAAUAUACAAACCCGGUGCUCAGUUGCUCGGUCUUUGCUUGGCGCAGCUGUAUCCCGACGGUCCACCAGAACAACGCCAGGAGUCGAGAGAGGACAACUUCUUUGCCGACUGUAUUGCUAAACUGUCGCAAAUCCAGCAUGGACAGGGACGAAAGUGCGUUGAGCUGCUGUACGAAGCGGCCAAAGGGUUCCCUUCGAUUGCCGAUCCGUUUUUGUCUCUGCUCAGUUUCCGUAUACCUGGUGCAACUGGUCCAGAAAAACGAAUGUGUCUCGAACUAAUGCUUGGUGGGCGCAUAGAAAACUUUAACGAUGAGUUGUUCCGAGAACUCGCCUCAAUGGAUCUUCCAGGUUUGCUGCGCGACGCCGACCUUCAGCUACCGACAUUGCACCUGAUAAAUCGAUCACUUGCGUUAGUGUCCGAGAUGGAACAUCUGCAGCAGCUAAUCGAACCGGUCGGUCAAAUUGCAGUUGAACCCAGCACUCGCUCCGAGUGUCGUGCGAUAGCUUACGAAAUAUUGAUCUACAUUCACGAGAACCGAGUUGAGCAGCUUUCAGACGAUAGCCGACAGACCGUGUGGAGGUACCUGGUACGAGGACUAUGUAACGCGGAAGAAUCCGACGCAACGGGUACAUCGGUACGUGUGCGAGUACUCGAAUAUCUUACCGAGAGUGGCAGGCUACCGGGUGAUAUUAAGGAACGGUUCCUCUACCUGCUAUCGGACCUCUAUGAUCCGACCGUCGAAGCUGAGUUUCUCGGAUGCGCCGUGGCGGUGUUGCUAGAUCCCGCCAUCCGGUGUCGCGAAUCGAAAGAUCGUCUGUUCCUGCACGAGUACGUCAGUGUCGAUGUAAAGUUUCAAGAGUAUACCAUUGAAACCGGUGCCCGUCAGCGCCAUGCGAUGACGGUCCUGACGCCGCUGUUUGCCGAAACGUCUACACAACGGCAGAUGCAAACGUUCAUCACCGGGAUGGGUUCGCAGAUGGAACGCAUGAUCAAGGCGACUCAGUUUUCCCAGAAUACCUCCCGAGAUGGGGACAGUACCGGUUUCGAACCGACGCAGGAUCCUUCUACGCUCACGAGAGCACGCGAAACAUUCGCUAUGCCAACGCAACACGGCAUUCUGUUCGAGACGAACUCGCUACAGCUCGAUCGUCGUUCUCAACGGGCACUCCAUGUCACCUCUGCAAUGGCUUCUCAAUCACAGCAAGAGCACACGUUUGAGCGGCUGCGCAAGCGCAUCCUGAAGGAUAGCGCCACAACUCGACAACAGCAGACGGCGUGGGCCGUUAGUCGCCACUACACCACCUUGCGCCAGCAAAUGGAGCAUCGCCGUGAGACCGCCACCAAGGUGACACUGUACCGGCGCUAUCGGCUGGCCGAUUAUCCUGAUCUACAAAUCAAUUUGCUGGCAUUUUUACUGCCUCUGCAGGCGCUCUGCCGACGAGAUACGGCCUGCGCCCGGCAAACCUUUGUCGCCAUCUUCACCGGACUGGUCGAGUGCCUGUCCUCAGUGGGUCCUGGUGGCGAUGAGUGGAAUCGGUUCGUGGUCAGUUUGGAUCAAUCCAUACAGCGCAUCAUGAGCUCGACUAAAAGCUGCGAUCCUCAUCUUUUCGCUGGCUUGGUGGAGCUGACGCUCGGUAAGACGUCGGGAAAAAUGACGCUUUGUCCACGUACCGUCGUAUCGGUGGCAGGCGCCUCUAACAUGCUCACGAUGGGUGUGCUCUAUCUGGAAGGAAAGCUAGCGGAUGGUGACGAGUUCGAUGAGGAACCGGUGUGUACCGGUGGGCGUAGAUCAUCGGAAGCGGAACACUGGCUGCAGCUAUCGAUCCUGUAUCACACACUACGUGAGCACAACGUCGUGGUGGGCAUUUUCGGCGACAAGCAGGACAGCGACCCGCGGUUACGUGAGGCAAUCGAGCUGGAAGCUCUUGGACGGUAUGAUCGCGCGUACCGGGCGUACGAUGAGCUGAUCUCGACGAUCAGUCCGGCCCGGUGUGAGGAGCGCAACUUCUGUCAAAAAUCCGCCUACGAUUGUCUGCUGCGGUUGGGACAGUGGGAAGUGUUGCUGGACAAAAUCGGUGGUCAGGUGACGCACCAUGACCAGCUGUGGAGCGACGAAUGGAACCGGGAGCAUCUGUUGCCGAACUACAUGCACGGGAACGUCCGACUGAACCUGGCCGGUGAUGUGCGGGGUCGCGAGUUUUGCCGCAUACUGGAGGAAUGGAUGCACAUCCCUGACCGGUCGGAGCACAUCAAGCAGCAGUUUGGGGAGGAACUGGCAGCACUGCAGAUCGCGUGUGCGGAAACAGUGCGUGCUCGAAUGUACGCCGAACAGUCGCACAGGCAGUUCCUCGAGGAGUGGCACUGCGCCGGAGUCCUUUCUGAGGUGGUGCGCAUCGAAUGUCUGCUUGGUGUGCGGAAGGUCAUCGAGCUGCUCGCAUACACCGAGGUGCUGGAGCGAAACCCACAGGAGAUGGAACGUGUUACCGGUGAAUUAGUCGCUACGUGGAAACACGCGCAUCCCUCGGUGACGGAUUCACUGACCGUUUGGGACACGAUCGUAGCCUAUCGAAGGUUUCUGUUAGAGCAACUGAAGUUCAAACAUCCAUCAGGUGAUCUGUCGCAACUCUCCACGCUUCUGUUCGAGCUUGAGCUGCAUCUGCUGGAGGUUGCGUCUGAGCAGAACAACGUCAAGUUCGUAGGCAACCUGAUCGCGAGAUUGCGUUCCGAUGAGGCGACCACUGGGGCACGAGAACCGCUAAUGGAGCAGGUGUUACGACGGCGUAUUGCACGACUGCGGUAUGAUCGGAUGCGGCAGGUCGAGAGCUCAUGCAGUCUAACUGCGGGUUUAUUGGGAGGAUUCCGGCGAUUGGCGAGACUCAUCACGCAGACACCGCACGGAACCGAGGAUUCUGGUAUGGCCCGAGCAAAACAAUCCGCCUGGACGGAGCUGUUUCAGUAUGCGCAAACCGUUCGAGAGAUGACCGGCGGUGAUGUGCGACCGGAAGAUCGGUCGAUGGUGUUGGAAAUCAUUGCGAUCGCAGGUCAGCAGAACGUGCAAAAUUUGAGUGAGCAAGAAGAGGGCGAAGGACUAAACGGCAGAUUGAGACAGUUUUCAUUGCAUUGCUUACAACGUAGCAUAGACGCAGUGCAGCAGUCCGACGUUGUACUAACGGAGUUGAACAACACCGGUUCAAUGUCAGAACUCUCUGCAGCGUACCUUUGUCUAGCGCGGUAUUGCUACGAUGAGCUUGAUUUGCAGCAAAACGACACGGAAGUACUAACACUAGAGCGAAUGCUAGUGACGUCUUUGCUUCCGGCAAUGAAGUACGGGUCCCGAGAAGCGCGCCAUCUUUUCCCUGUUUUGUUGCAGCUGCGCAACCUUCAAAACGGUGUACUACGGGAUGAGUUCGACCAGCAUUCCCAGCAAGUGCCCACGUGGAACUUCCUGCCGUGGAUUCCCCAGCUGCUGUCAUACAUGAAAAUAACACCGGAAACAAUCGCGGACUAUGGGCACUAUCUGGAUGAUCUCUUGAUGCGCCUCGCACGAGAAUACCCAAUGGCGCUCUACUUCCCUGCACGUCUCGUUUUACGAGCUCCUGAGCAAACUUCUGGCGCUGUUCGAUGGUUCGUGGAUCGGUUCCUUGCUGCGCUGAGCUUCCCCCGGGUGGAUCGAUUCGUAGCGGAGCUAUGUCGCGUGGUAAUGCCAGAGACACGCCUGCUCGGUAUGAUAGCAGAACUGCGGAAUCGACUGAGCACCUUUACUGAUCCCUCGUCAUAUCAAGCGUACAUCGAUCAAGCUGGAGCUGAAGGAUUUCCGGCGGAUGCACAUGAAUUACCGAAUUGGGGAAACGCCUACCGAACGUCCCUACCGCUUGUGGAUAAAUGGCGCCAGCUAAGACACUUGCACCCGAUCACUGAUCGGACGGAAAUCAUUGAGCAACUGAUGGCUUUCGAAGUCGUCCUGAACAAGUUACGCUCACGGACAAAAACGCGCCAGGUUCAGCUGGAGGACUACUCACCAUGGCUGGCGGAUUACCAUGCCGGCGGCCAGGAGCAAUGGGAAGGUCCUUCCAUAGAGCUACCGGGUCAGUACGGGCUCGACGCUGGUCCUCCGAACCCCGGCCGGCAUGUGACGAUCGUGAAGGUCGUGCCUGAUCUCGUGGUGUACCAAACAUUGCGUCUACCGGUGCAGAUAUCGUUUAGAGGUAGCGAUGGGCGUCUCUAUCGCUUCCUGGCGAAAUACGGUGAUGAUUUACGCCAAGAUCAACGCAUUCAGCAGCUGCAACGCGAGAUCACGCACCGCUUACGUUGGGAUCGUCGUUGUCGAGAACAGCGGUUGGAACUGCGGACUUACGAGGUCGUUCCAAUACGUCCCGAGUUCGGUAUGCUCAGCUGGCUCGACGGAACCAUCCCGCUGGAUGACAUUGCCGCUCAAGCUGGUUCGCGAUACAAUCCCGCAUACCGGGGACAGAUGAACGUGCGGGAAGAAUUCGAUCAGUUCCUGCGCGAGAUCGCCAAGCAGCGAGGCUUGUCCUCGAACGAACUUGCUGAUGGGCUAGUGCUCAACGUGGCAGAACUCUAUGGGACUGCUGCGGCAUUCUGUCGGCCGGAACGUCUGCGUUCGAAAUUUGUGGAGCUUUCUCAAGCCAUUCGUGGCAACUCGCUCAAGCGCGCUCUGUUUGACAUGGCGGCUACGCCUGAGUUAUUCUAUCAGAUGCGGAUGAACUUCGCGCGGAGUCUCGCGGCCAUGAACGUCACCUGCUGGGUGUUGGGCAUUGGCGAUCGACAUUUGGGCAACAUUGUGCUGGAACGGGCAUCCGGCAAGCUGGUGGGUGUUGACUUUGGCAUAGCGUUCGGAGCUGGUGCACGUGAUCUGCCUGUUCCGGAACUGGUACCAUUCCGGUUGACGCCUCAACUGGUCGGGGUGAUGGAUCCGAUGCGCUUGCCGGGCGAAUUGCAAACGUGCCACCUGUACACGUUGCAGUGCCUGCGCGAUUCACGAAAGCUGUUACGCGCCUGUCUGGAGGUGUUCAUUCGCGAACCAACCGUCGAUUGGUUGCGAGCGGCUCGGGAAUGGAAAUGCCAAAAUACGGAUGAUACGGGCGAACAACGGAAGCGUGAGUGGAACCCGCAGGUUCGCAUCGAAACCAUCAUGCGCAAGCUAAAUGGAGCCAAUCCGAAGCAGCUGCUUGUUGACGACCUGCAGUGUGGUUUGGUCGGCCACCAGCGGGAGUUUCUGUUGGGAUAUUUAUCCAUUGUUGAGGCGGCGGCUGCCGUUAGCACGGAGAAAGCACAGUGUUCCGAGCAGAUGGAGAACCUUUCUACCGAGCUGCAGAACGAGAUGUUGCUAGAGAUGGCCACGGAUGGUACACUGCUGGGUCUUAUGUACGCUGGAUGGUACCCCUGGUUUUGAACAGAAAGCUCUCACAUGCAUUUCGUGGGUAUAUGGAUUUUUCGUUUUAGUUUAUUAUCAAGUAUUACUUAUUAAUAAUUUGCACUGUUUGCGUUACGUUGUUAUUAUUUAUAAAAU